CUAAGUUGCUAAAGGAACUGAAGACCCAGCAACUGUUACGAAAGCUGAAGUAGUGAGCUGUCCAGUUUAGAAAACCAGUUCUUCUCCACUUCUCAUGCUCAACAUGCAGAAAGAGCUGAUGUUCAGGAGAGCUAAACAGUGGAGAUGUAAACUCUCAGCUGCUGCUCUGAUGCCAAGCUUGUCUGCCUGUUGCCAUGCUCCCAUCAUGAUGAUCAUGGAGUCACCCCCAGAAACCGCUCCCAAAGCAGGCAGCAGACUGUAACCAUGAAGGCUUUUGGUGCCCUCUGGAGGAAUUUUCAGGCAUUGCAGAAGCCCAGCCAGAAUGGAGAAUAUUUUGUUCAGCUCACUUAAGAAACCCAGUGAAAGCAGAAUCAUAGACACAGCAAAAUGAAAUUGUAAAGAAGCUUUAGGGAGAAAAAGAGAGAGAGAAAGAAGAAAACAAUUGGAAUUGAAAAGGCAAAAAGAGAAGAUGGAGCCCUUAAAGAAGGGAGUAUCCCAAAGGAGGAGAAGAGGACAAAGAUACUCAGAGAGAAAAAGUAAAGGACAGAAGAAGGAGACUGGAGAGACCAGGAUCUUUCCAGCUGAACAAAGUCAGCCGCAAAACAGACUAGCCAGCAGGCUACAAUUGGAGUCAGAGUGCCAAAGACAUGGGCUUGUUAGAGUGCUGUGCUAGAUGUCUGGUAGGGGCCCCAUUUGCUUCCCUGGUGGCCACUGGAUUGUGUUUCUUUGGAGUGGCACUUUUCUGUGGAUGUGGACAUGAAGCUCUCACUGGUACAGAAAAGUUAAUUGAGACCUACUUCUCCAAAAACUACCAGGACUAUGAGUAUCUCAUUAAUGUGAUUCAUGCUUUCCAGUAUGUCAUCUAUGGAACUGCCUCUUUCUUCUUCCUUUAUGGGGCCCUCCUGCUGGCUGAGGGCUUCUACACCACCGGCGCUGUCAGGCAGAUCUUUGGCGACUACAAGACUACCAUCUGCGGCAAGGGCCUGAGCGCAACGUUUGUGGGCAUCACCUAUGCCCUGACUGUUGUAUGGCUCCUGGUGUUUGCCUGCUCUGCUGUGCCUGUGUACAUUUACUUCAAUACCUGGACCACCUGUCAGUCUAUUGCCUUCCCUAGCAAGACCUCUGCCAGUAUAGGCAGUCUCUGCGCUGAUGCCAGAAUGUAUGGUGUUCUCCCAUGGAAUGCUUUCCCUGGCAAGGUUUGUGGCUCCAACCUUCUGUCCAUCUGCAAAACAGCCGAGUUCCAAAUGACCUUCCACCUGUUUAUUGCUGCAUUUGUGGGUGCUGCAGCCACACUAGUUUCCCUGCUCACCUUCAUGAUUGCUGCCACUUACAACUUCGCCGUCCUUAAACUCAUGGGCCGAGGCACCAAGUUCUGAUCUCCUGUAGAAAUUCCCCUUUGUCUAAUAGCGAGGCUCUAACCACACAGCCUACAGUGUUGUGUCUCCUGUCUUAACUCUGCCUUUGCCACUGAUUGGCCCUCUUCUUACUUGAUGAGUAUAACAAGAAAAGAGAGUCUUGCAGUGAUUAAUCUCUCUCUGUGGACUCUCCCUCUUAGUACCUCUUUUAGUCAUUUUGCUCCACAUCUGGCUCCUGCUAGAAAUGGGGAAUGCCUGAAAAGGUGAUUCCCCAGCUGCAAGUAGCAGAAGAAUGAAAGCUCCAAUUGAGUUUGCAAGCAUCUCCUGAAGACCAGGAUGUGCUUCCUUCUCAAAAGGAACUUCCAUUGAGGAAAACAGAGUGGAAAGAAAGAUUUUCAGGUAGAGAGCAGGAAUGUCCUUGGUCUCCUUGCCAUCAGUAGGAGUUAAAUAUAUUGUCUUUGAUGCACAAAACCAAGAACUCACUCUGACCUUCCUAUUUCCACUGAAGACAGAAGAAACUAAAAAGAAUGCUAGCAAAGCAAUAGCAUUUGCCCAACUCUGCCUCCUGCAGCUGGGAGAAGGGGGUCAAAGCAAGGAUCUUUCAGCCUUAGAAAGAGAGCUCUGACACCAGUGGCAAUGGACUAUUUAAGCCCUAACACAGUCAACCUUCCUUCUAGCAUUAGGGAGCGCAGUGUCUGUAUAGACAAAGCAGGGCAGGGGAGGGGGCAUCAUCUGUCCUUACAGCUCAUUAGGAAGAGAAACAGAGUAUUGUCAGGAUCAUCUCACUCCCUUCUCCUUGAUAACAGCUACCAUGACAACCUUGUAGUUUCCAAGGAGCUGAGAAUAGAAGAGAACUAGCUUAUAUGAAAUGAAAUUAUGACCUAAGGAGCAUCAGUUGGUGGGUGCUAAAGGUGUAGCUUGAGAUGGCCCUCGGGUAGAUGCAAGAUACUUAUUUAACUCUUUGGAUAGCAAAUCUUCUCCCACUAUCCUCCAUCAGUUAGUUCUGGCCUCUGGCCUCUGGCAUAAUAUCUUCACAAUGGUGCUCUUUUCCUGGGGUUUUAUUCAUUCACUCAUAGCAGGUGAUUAGAUGAUCUUGAUUAAUUUCAGAAUGAUUCGUGUUCCAUAUUUCCCAAUUGUUUAUCUCUUGUUUGGAAUUGUAUCAAAAAGAUCUGGAGAAUGAUUCUCUGAGCAUAAUUCUUUUUGAAAACAAAAGAGAAAGAAAAACUGGACAGUAAAGCAUCACAAAAAUAUUUGAAAUUAUAUGGUCCCAUGAAAUUAUUGGGAUUUCCCCCCAAGUAUUCUACCAUUUGUAGAACUAGGCUUGGUAAAUUUGACCCUCAAUUUGAAUAACCUGUCCUAUAUUUUCUUUUCUAAUAAAUGACAGAUGAUUUUACUUGCUAAUAAUAUCUCAGCAUUUUGAGACUUGAGGCUUAGCAUAAAGUUUGUUAUCUCUUGGUAUAUAUAGGUCACAUAAUAGAUUAUACCAGCUGUCAGCUGUUCAGUUGGUAAGCUUCCAUAGAGCUCUGAAGACAUGGAGAGGAGAGACAGAAUUUGAAACCUGAAGAACUCCCAGAUUUCAGGCUUAUCCUGUAUUUGUUAACGUUGGGUCCAAAAAAGAAAUAAAGGAAG